CAGUGAAAAUGAAACUAAACUGACAAUCAAGCUGCAAGAUUUUAAACUCUUCAUCUCUUCAAGAAAGAAGAUAUUUGAGACUUUUAAAGCCGUACAUGAACACAUUUGAGACUCAUUCACAGUUUCCUGAAAAGUUUUAAAGAGAAGACGAACAAUGGCAGAAUCUUCACCAACAUCACCAAAACCAAGACGGACCAGAAGAAAGAGUAUAAACCAACCUCCAUCUCUGUCAUCCUCCAGUGUUUCUCUGUCUGAAGAGCUUCAGUGUUGUAUUUGUCUGGAUGUGUUCAGUGAUCCAGUCAGCACUCCAUGUGGACACAACUUCUGCAGGAUCUGUCUGAAACAGUGCUGGGACAACAGUCAGAUCUACAGCUGUCCAUACUGUAAAGAAACAUUCAGUAAAAGACCAGAGCUCAACAUCAACACAACACUUAGAGAGGUCACGCUGAUCUUUAAAGAAAAGUUUAGUCUGAGAAGAUCUGAAGUCCUCUGUGAUGUCUGUGAUGAAAGAAAACUGAAAGCCCUGAAGUCCUGCCUAACAUGUCAAGCAUCUUACUGUGAAACUCACCUGGAGCCUCACCAGAGAGUCCUAAACUUAAAGAAACACAAACUGCUGGAUCCUGUGGAGAAUAUAAAGGACUAUAUAUGUGAGAAACAUGAGAGACCUCUGGAGCUCUUCUGUAGAGAUGAUCAGACAUGUGUUUGUGUGUUUUGUACUGAUGGAGAUCACAAGAAUCACAACACUGUUCCUCUAGAGGAGGAGAGUAAAGAGAAGAAGACUCAACUGAUGAAGACACAGACAGACAUUCAGCAGAUGAUCCAGAAGAGAAUCAAGAAGAUUCAAGACAUCAAACACUCAGCAGAACUCAGAAAAAGAAGCAGAGAGCAGGAGAAAGCAGCGAGUGUUGAGGUCUUCAGUGAUCUGAUCAGAUCCAUUGAGAGAUGUCAGACUGAGCUGCUGGAGAUGAUGGAGGAGGAACAGAAAGCAGAAGAGAAACAGGAUGAAGAUCUCAUUAAAGAUCUGGAGCAGGAGAUCACUGAGCUGAAGUGGAGAGACAGUGAGCUGGAGAAGAUCAAACACAGUGAAGAUCAUCUUCAUCUCAUACAGAUUGACCCAUCAUCCCUGUACAGAGCUCCAGACAUGAAGAACUGGUCUGAGAUCAGUAUGAAGACUCAUGUGAGUGUGGAGACUCUGAGGAGAGCUCUGACUCAACUACAGGAGACUCUCAAUGAGAAACUCACUCAAACUGUGUUGAUGAAGAUGCAGCAGUAUGCAGUGGAUGUGACUCUGGAUCCUGAUACAGCUCAUCCAAAACUCGUCCUGUCUGAAGAUAGAAAACAAGUGAAACAUGGAGACAUUAAACAUAAACUCCCAGAUAAUCCAAAGAGAUUUGUUAGGUUUGUCUGUGUCCUGGGAAAAGAAGGAUUCACCUCAGGGAGAUUUUAUUUUGAGGUUCAGGUGAAGGACAAAACUGAAUGGGAUUUAGGAGUGGUCAGAGAAUCUGUUAACAGAAAGGGAGAGAUCACACUGAAGCCUCAGAAUGGAUUCUGGACUGUGUGGCUGAGGAAGGAGAAUGAAUAUGAAGCCUGUGAUGAUCCUCCUGUCUCUCUGUGUCUGAAAGUGAAACCACAGAAGGUCGGGGUGUUUGUGGAUUAUGAGGAGGGUUUGGUUUGUUUUUAUGAUGUAGAGUCCAGGUCUCAUAUCUACUCUUUCACUGCUCAAACUUUCACUGAGAAACUCUUUCCUUACUUCAAUCCAUGUCUUAAUGAAGAAGGUAAAAAUUCAGCUCCUCUGAUCAUCUCACCUGUUUAUUACAACAAAUGAAUUUACAUCCAGAAUAUAAAAUAUUAAAAUGAAAGGUUUCUAAAAGCUGAAAACUAAGAAUAAGAAAACAAUAAAUACGCAUUUCCUCUUUUUCUAAUGAUAAUAUGUAAACUUAUGAACAGAAAAGUUGAAAACUGAAAAAAGCUGUCACCAUGGCUUUACCCUCUCAAUAAUUUGAGUGCAUAUUAGUAUCUCUGUGGUAAAUACUGGUACUAAACACUACUGGUACAGUACAGUAUUUGUACCUAAAUAGUAAAAAUUAUGACGUUUAUAAAUGAUAAAUGUUCAGCAUUUUUUUCUAUUAUUAUAAAAAAGUAUGACUGUUUAAGUGUUUGUGGGAUUUAUUUAUGCUGUUGUUGUUGUCUCUGUUAUUAUCUGUUGUGAAAUGAAUGUUUGUUGAUUGUCAUGAAUGAGGUUUGUGUGUUCAGUGUUGGGGUUUAAGUCCAUGAUGUCUUGUUGCUCAGAGUAAUACAUUCAUCACAACACUUUGAACAGUACCUUGACCAAUGGUCUUAAGCAGAGUAUGUAUACUGUAUUAUAAAAUGAUAUAACAAAAUUAAAUAAAAACCUGAGCUUAAUUUUUAAAUAUGAGUUGGGUGGACUUGGACAUUACUACGUAAAUGUUAGGUGAAUUUCUUACCUCAGACGUUACUUAAAAAUGUCCUGAAAUAUCAUUUACAUAAGUUUUCUCUACCUCAGAUA